CCCUCCGGCCUGGCCCCGCACUACGGGCGGGUAGUGCUCCUCCGGGGCCCUGCGGCCGCGCGACCGCCUCGGACGGCCCUUGGCUCCGGCCGCGGGCAGCAUGGAGUUCGCGGAGCUGAUCAAGACCCCGCGGGUGGACAACGUGGUCCUGCACCGGCCUUUCUACCCCGCCGUCGAGGGCACUUUGUGUCUGACCGGCCACCACCUGAUCCUGUCCUCCCGGCAGGACAACACGGAGGAGCUGUGGCUCCUGCACUCCAACAUCGACGCCAUCGACAAGCGAUUUGUGGGACCACUGGGUACCAUCAUCAUAAAAUGUAAAGAUUUUCGAAUAAUUCAGUUGGAUAUUCCUGGAAUGGAGGAAUGUUUGAAUAUAGCCAGUUCCAUUGAGGCAUUGUCUACCCUGGACUCUAUCACUCUUAUGUACCCUUUCUUUUACCGGCCCAUGUUUGAAGUGAUAGAAGAUGGCUGGCAUUCUUUCCUUCCUGAGCAAGAAUUUGAACUCUACUCUUCAGCUACCAGUGAAUGGAGGUUAAGCUAUGUCAAUAAGGAAUUUGCUGUCUGCCCUUCUUACCCACCAAUUGUCAUAGUUCCCAAAUCCAUUGAUGAUGAAGCUCUUCGUAAGGUCGCUACAUUUCGACAUGGAGGACGCUUCCCAGUACUCAGCUAUUAUCAUAAAAAAAAUGGAAUGGUAAUCAUGCGAAGCGGUCAGCCACUCACUGGCACAAAUGGGAGAAGGUGCAAAGAAGACGAGAAGCUGAUAAAUGCUACCCUCAGGGCAGGAAAACGAGGCUACAUCAUUGAUACUCGAUCUUUAAAUGUAGCUCAACAAGCUAGAGCCAAAGGCGGUGGCUUUGAACAAGAAGCUCAUUAUCCCCAGUGGAGGCGGAUUCAUAAGUCCAUUGAGAGGUAUCACAUUCUUCAGGAGAGCUUGAUCAAACUUGUGGAAGCUUGUAAUGACCAAACACAUAACAUGGACAGAUGGCUCGGUAAAUUGGAAGCUUCCAACUGGCUGACUCACAUCAAAGAGAUUCUUACAACUGCUUGUCUAGCUGCUCAGUGUAUCGACAGGGAAGGGGCAUCCAUAUUGAUUCAUGGAACAGAAGGAACUGAUUCCACACUUCAGGUUACCUCCCUGGCCCAGAUCAUCUUGGAACCGAGAAGCAGGACCAUCCGUGGUUUUGAGGCCCUGAUAGAAAGAGAGUGGCUGCAGGCUGGUCACCCGUUCCAGCAGCGCUGUGCACAGUCAGCCUAUUGUAAUAGUAAGCAGAAGUGGGAGUCACCUGUAUUUCUUCUCUUCUUGGACUGUGUGUGGCAGAUACUUCGUCAAUUUCCUUGUUCUUUUGAAUUUAAUGAGAAUUUCCUCAUCAUGCUCUUUGAGCAUGCAUAUGCCUCACAGUUUGGAACAUUUCUGGGCAACAAUGAAAGUGAAAGAUGUAAGUUGAAGCUGCAGCAGAAAACGAUGUCUCUGUGGUCCUGGGUUAAUCGGCCCAGUGAACUGAGUAAGUUCACCAAUCCUCUCUUUGAAGCCAACAAUCUUGUCAUCUGGCCUUCAGUUGCUCCACAGAGUCUUCAGCUAUGGGAAGGUAUUUUCCUACGUUGGAAUAGAUCCUCCAAGUAUUUGGAUGAAGCAUAUGAAGAAAUGGUUAACAUCAUUGAGUAUAACAAGGAAUUGCAAGCAAAAGUAAAUGUACUUAGGAGGCAGUUGGCAGAACUGGAAACUGAGGAUGGGAUGCAGGAGAGUCCCUGAAAGAUCUUCCCACAAUCUGUAUAAAUAAGGACCUUCCUGGACCUGAAUCCCACCUCUCUCUCCUUUGGCCCUUCAGUUCACUUUUACACAGUAGCCUUGAACCUAAGGCUUUUAGAUGUGAGAACCCUCUAAUGUAGUGGAUUUCUCAAUACUUUAUGAAUGAAACUUACUGUAAUUACUCGUGUUUCAUGUGGCCUGUUAGGCCUCUUUACCUUGGGAGCAGAAAGGAGGUGCUAGUCAUUUUAUUUUAUGUGAAACAGGUGACCUAUUUAAUGCCAUUUGUGUUAUAUGCCAUUUAAUCAUAAAAUUUUUUUGUGUCUACUUUCCAAACAGUGCUCCAGACCAGUCAAGGAUAUGAUUAAUCUCGUUAGGGAAUAUUUGUUAGUUUUAAAAAAGAUUAGACUUUUAAACACUCCAAAUAUAGAAAUAUUUUUCAAAACCAAAAUGGUUGAUAAAUCAAGAAUUUUGUGAUUAACAUGCCAUUUCCAAAACUUUUGCCCUUCUCUUUAAAAUAGCUUUAGAUUAACAAAGCUGAAUUCAUUCUCAUUUUGGUUGUCAAGAAAGGAAAAUCUGAAUAUUUAUUCAAGGUAAAUAUUUUUACAAGGGUUAUAGGUAUAAUCCUCUGAUAUUUGCAUUAAAAAGUAAAUUUUAGCAGUAGACAGUAAAAGUAUGUGCAAUAUAGAAAUAAAGUAGGAAUUUGUUACUGAUAUAUCGUUACUGUUGCAUUAGUUUUUCAGGUUUGUGACUGUACAUAUUAAAUGUGUAUCAAAUGCUGGAUAUCCCAUUAAACCAUCAUUUAGGAUAGAUGUUUAUUUGUUACAAUUAAGCUACAAAUACGGUUUCCUUAAACCAGAAAUGCACUGCCCUUGUCUUAAGUUCUUACUGCACUGUUUUAUGUAUGUACAUGUGUUGUUUUAUUGUGUUUUAAGUAUUCUAAGAGUUUGCUAAUAAUAAUAACUAAGCUUAAACCUUUCAUGUUGGCUUGAGCCUUUUGAAAAUUUAUCUUGACUCUGCUGAUUUGUUCAUUAUAUGUUACACAAAUCUUUUUGAAGUGGAGGUGAAAGUUUAUGAAAUGACACAGCUAUGUUUUAAACUGCAGAAACAGAUUGAAAUGUUUCAAUAUUAAGACUGUAUUUAUGCUAUGCUAGUUUAUGCCUGCUACUCUUAAAGUUUGUGGUUCAGUGCUUUCUAUAUACAUUUCUGUUUUGUGGCACUGUUCAUUUUAAUAAAUACUACCAAUUCUAGUUUUCCAUUAAAAGGAUAAUUGAAGAGUAAACAUCUAAUACCAUAUCCACUCCCAUCUGUAUAUAACCAUUUCAGUGUAAAACACACCAAAACUGAACCCUACUUUAGAGAUAUGUAUUGAGCUAAAAAUAUAAUUUAAAAAAAUCUAGUCUAGCAUAAUCUAUGGCCACAUUCAGAUGCCUUGGAAAAUACAAAUACUUUCUAUGUCUAGUUGCCCAAGGUUCAUCUUUUUUCUAUUUUCUCUGACUGGUAGCAAAAGGCUUGGACAACGACGCAUAUCAGAACUCUGCUUUGGUGUAUUUGCCUGCCUUCUCUGAGCUCAGAUUUAUUCUCAACUUAUUUUCCUAGCAAUAGUUAUGCAUCUCUAGGCAUUAAAGCCCUCAAAAAAAGGCUACCCUCAAAAAAAGGCUACAGAAAAGCAAAGGAGAUCUUGGCUUUCAGUACCUCUGUGUUGUGUGAAAUGUUUAUAUUAAUAUUUUAAAAGAUGAAAUACCAUAGCUUUUUUUUUAUCACCUCUCAAAAUUGCUUGCUGCAUUUGUUCAUGCAGCUGAUCUUUUUGUUUGCUCCCAUUUUUGUCUCCAGAGUAGAUAUGAAGGAGCCCUUUUCUUCUCAGCGGGCCCAUAAGGAAAACCACUUAGAGUUUUGUUUUGUUGUUUUUAGUGAUUCUUUAGAAGUGACUCCUACUCAUGACAUUGAUUGGCUAUAGGGCUUUUGUAGGUGGGAGUUUUUAUUAGGCUCAGUCAUGGAGAAAUUGUAUGCCAUCAAUUUAUACAUGUCUUCCUGAUGAACGUUUUAUGUAUGAGCCAGACUCCAAUAAUAGCAUAGUGUUUCUUUUUUUUUCUUUGAGACAGCAAUCUUAAGCUAUUUGGACAAGUUUGUAUUUUAGUACUAAUUUAUAAUUAGGGAUUGUGCAAACCUCAGUUUUGUUUAUAGGUCAUAAAAACAAACUUUGGUAUCAGUGCAUCUUCAAAGGGGACAUCUAAUAAUGCAAAUAUUAGUGUUUUCCCAAACUCAAGAACUGUGUCAACAGUAUCAAUAUAAUUUAAAGAGGGAUUUUAGUAAUAAUAUGAAGUUACCUGUCACUUAGAUGAGAAAACUGCAUACAAUGGAUAUACUCGUGAGAAGACCCUUGUUAAACAUUAAGUUUGGGGAAUUAUCUUUGAUAAAUGUGGCUUUAAAAGCUUUGACGAAGAGAGUGGCAGCAGAAUUAGUGACCAAAUUGCCCCAUAGGAGUCAAUAAUACUCAAGUGAGAUAUAAUCACAUUUAUAUAUUUUAAGCAUCUUAUGAAUUCAUUUAUAGUGAAGGCUGUUUACAUUUUGGGAAUGCAAAAGUAGGUCCCACAAAGAAUAUUUUAAAAAUACAAAAGAUUGCUACAGUCCUCUGUCGUCAAUACGAGGAUCCUUAGAUUUUAAAUUAACAGGUUUUUUUUUUAGAAACCACAAGAACAUAGUUGGUUGAUUAUAUUAAGAUUUUGAAACUUUGGGUGGUAAGACUUUUCAGUAAUUAAUUGUUUGGUCAGAAUUUUUCAUUCUGGUUUUACUAAAAGGGAAGAAAACUUAUUUCUAAGAAAAAACAGGCCUUUGAAGCAAGAUUUUAAAGUGAUUUUUGGGAAAACUUUGGAAGACAACAGUCAUUUCAAACCCUGUAGGAGUAAUUUAAAAGAUUUCUUUGAACUCCAAGGCCUGAUUUACAGAGCUGAUAUGUCAUUGCUUUUCAUUUUAAAGGAUGAAAUUUAGUGAUAUUUUAGUCUUUGAUUCACUCAGUACUUAUAUUAAAUUUAAAAAAAUAUCUGACCAGUACUUUGUUUCUUGAAGUGAAAAAUAGAAGAAACAUUUUACUGUAUUUACAAAAAAAAAAAAAAAAGGUCUGCUCAGAGAUGUAACUCCUAUAGUUAAUCUGGUUUCAGUAUUAGCUGUUUUAAUUAUCAGUCUUAACCAGGUCAUCGGGUUCACUUUUUAUUAGACCCCAACCUGAGGCAAAAUUUUGGGUAUUCACCCAUAUUCAGAUUUAAUGAGUAAAAACUACAAGAGGGUAUCAUGAGCACUCUUUAUUAGAAAGUUAUUUCCUGAACCAAAAAAAAAGGGCAAAUUUUAGAAUAGUUGAUCCCCUGUUCUGGCAGCUUUGAAAUUUACCAGAGAAUGAAGUCAUUCAGUACAUUUGAUUCAGGUUUAUUAUACCUCAAGACAACAUAGAUUUGUUAUUUAUUACUCCUUAAUGUUAGAUCUUUUCUCCCUCUAGAGCUGAUACCCUAAGUUUAUUACCAAAUAGUAUUUUUAUGUAAUUCACCAUCUUAACAAAAAAUAUUUAAAGACUGAUUCCUCUAUUAAUAUUUAUUCUCAGAUGAUAUGAAAUGCUAAUUUUCUUACAGUGUCAGUUUUCUGAUUUUUUUUUUUUUUCUGGAGUAAACUAUUUCUACCAUCACUCAGUCUUUAUAAUCUCAUGUUUACAGCAUCUUCUUCCUUUAUUUUUUUAUUUUUUUUCAUCUUCUUCCUUUUAACCAAGAGCUCAGACAAGACCUUGUGAAACUGUAGGAUGAGGUUUUAGAAAGUUUGAACUUCUUAUCUAAAUUCUCCAUAAGAAAGUCCUGUUUUUGAACUCCAUUGUGGGACUGUAGUUUGUACUUAAUUUAGCGAAAGAUAGUGGGGCUCACUGUAGACACUACAUUGUCCUGAAAAAUAAUUCCUGAUGAGAGCUUACUGACUUUUAGAACCAUUCUGUUUAACCAUCUGUGAGUGUACACAUUAAAUGUAUUGGUAAUUUGUAAUAAAAACAAGUUGUACAACACUGCCUCUUUCUGCCCAAGACAUUUUUCAUUUGCUUUACUUUUAAAGUGCACAUAUCUUUGGAGACAUGGAUUACUCUACACAAAUACACCGAGUUCUGUUGCCUAGAAUCCUUAUAGAUCUAUUACCAUCUACACUAAAAAUGUACUUGCACAAUUUAGUUAUAUAUAUAUAUAAAAAAAGAGUAUGUAUUUCUUCAAUAGCCAGGUAUUUGGAUUGUAUUCUUGAUAUGUUUGAAUGUGACUCUUGAAUUCAAGUGCACUAUUAUUCAUGUCUUACACAAUAAAAUUGCACUGUAUGGCAAAUAUGUCUAUAAAGUAUGCUUUGCUAAAACCUCAGAGUGCUGUAAUGGACAGGUUUCUAUUAUGUGAACUUGUCUAUAUAUAGUCUUAGGGAAAAAUUCUAAACUUUUUAAAGUCUCUGUAACAUUUUAAUAUUAUUUGUAAUGUUCCCUAUGUGAUAAGUUCACUUUUGUCCUAAAACUGGAGUCAUUCAUUGUGAGUUGGCUGCUUUCUCAGGCUUGGUUUACUUAAUCAUGAAACAGUCUUGUCGAACAUGGUACAGUUAGUAUGUAAGAUUUGUGUGGUGUGCUCUCUGCCUCAGAGGACUGUUGCACAAAUGCUAGUGCUAAAUGUGUAUAGACAAUGGUAAUAAAAUUUGAAUAUAUUCAAAUGCUGAUAAAUUUA